AUGUCGUACGCUCCAGGAAUCGGUGGUGACCCUGCCCUGCUGGCCCAGCGCAUCUCUUCUAACAUCCAGAAGAUCACACAGUGCUCUGUAGAAAUACAAAGGGCUCUGAAUCAACUUGGAACGCCUCAGGAUUCACCUGAAUUAAGGCAACAGCUGCAACAGAAGCAACAGUACACUAACCAGCUUGCCAAAGAAACUGAUAAGUACAUAAAGGAAUUUGGAUCUCUGCCCACCACUCCCAGUGAACAGCGUCAAAGGAAAAUACAGAAGGAUCGCUUAGUGGCUGAAUUCACAACAUCACUGACAAAUUUUCAAAAAGUCCAGAGACAAGCUGCUGAGAAAGAGAAGGAGUUUGUGGCUCGAGUAAGAGCCAGUUCCAGAGUAUCUGGUGGUUUUCCUGAGGACAGUUCCAAAGAAAGGAAUUUUGCAUCCUGGGAAAGCCAGACUCAACCACAGGCACAGCUGCAGGAUGAAGAAAUUACAGAGGAUGACCUCCGGCUUAUUCAUGAGAGAGAGUCUUCUAUUAGGCAACUUGAGGCUGAUAUUAUGGAUAUUAAUGAAAUAUUUAAAGAUUUGGGAAUGAUGAUUCAUGAGCAAGGAGAUGUGAUUGACAGUAUAGAAGCCAAUGUAGAAAAUGCAGAGGUGCAUGUUCAGCAAGCGAACCAGCAGCUGUCCAGGGCAGCAGAAUAUCAGCGUAAAUCUCGGAAAACCAUGUGCAUCAUCAUUUUCAUUGUUGUCAUUGGAAUUGUGAUUCUCAGUCUCAUCAUAUGGGGCGUGAGCAGGAAAUGA